AGAGGAUUUCCGUUGGCGUACACGGUCUACAUACGAAACGAGAGUAUCUCAUCGAAUAUAUGUAUUAAAAGCUGCAUUGUCGUGUAACAAAAAGUUCUCUUUGUGUUGAAAACGGAAACGGGCAUCUCAGAGACGUGAGCGCCUCCUGCAAGUUGCGCAUCACAACCGCGAGGUCUCUGCACCGUUGCAACUUUUUGGCGCCAACUGACAUUCGGAGUGCACACGGCCAUUUAAUCCAGUUUCUCACGACAAUCGCGCACCGAGAUCAGUACGUAAAGGAUCGGCGAUAUUAACAACGGUCGUUCGACUUACGUUGCAGUCAUAAAAACAGUUUCACGCCGGUUGUUUUAAACAUAACCUCGGUAUGGUUUCAGUGCCGCCAAGGAAUGCAAGAAAACGGAGUGCUCCUGCUUCUACCAGCAAUGCGAGCCAACCGAAACAGAUUAAGAAGAAAGAAGCUAUAAAACCUGACUUACGCCAGUCUCGAGAGGGUGGUGUAUUACUAACAUUUGGACAAGGCGAUGUGGGACAGCUGGGCUUGGGAGAGUAUGUUGUCGAGAAGAUUCGUCCAGCUGUUAUUCCUGGAUAUCAGGAUUGUGUAGCCAUAGCAGCUGGUGGCAUGCACAAUGUGUGCCUGAGGGAAACAGGAGAGAUCUUAACUUUUGGAUGUAACGACGAGGGAGCGUUAGGACGAGAUACUUCUUUGGAUGGUUCUGAAAGCAAACCAGAUACGGUCAAACUACCUGGGAAAGUCAUCCAGGUGACUGCUGGCGACUCCCAUAGCGCUGCUUUGUUAGAAGAUGGAAGAGCUUUUGCAUGGGGCUCCUUCAGGGAUUCCCAUGGCACCAUGGGUCUCACAUCGAAAGGAAACGAACAAGUCCCGAUACAAAUACUGCCAAAUGUAAAAAUACUUAAAAUAGCAUCAGGUGCUGAUCACUUAGUUUUACUUAGCGAACAAGGACAGAUAUACACAUGUGGAUGUGCCGAACAAGGUCAAUUAGGUAGAGUUGCUGCAAGAGCAGCUAAUAGAAACACUCGACGUGGUAUGGAUCCAUUGUUAGUCCCGGGUUUAGUCAAAUUUCAUAUUAAGAAGAAAUUAGAAUUCGGCGAUAUAUGGGCCGGAACUUAUUGUACCUUCGCUAAAGAACAUAACACAGGAGAUAUAUAUGUAUUUGGUCUGAAUAAUUAUUAUCAGAUUGGUUUGAAGAAUCCUACAACUCACUUCUUUCCACAAAUAGCAAGAACCUUUAGUGGAAGGACUUGGAGACAUAUUAGUAGCGGGCAGCAUCAUACCAUUGCUCUCGACGAUUCUGGCCAAGUGUUUGUUAUGGGUCGCAAAGAAUAUGGUCGUCUUGGACUUGGCGCUGAUUGUUCGGAUGCGAUGGAAUUAACGUUAGUCCCUUCGUUAAAGUCGUGUGUUGACGUGGCUGCAGGUAGCGCCCAAUCUUUCGCUGUUACUGAUUCAGGAGAAUUAUAUGCUUGGGGCAUGGGUUCGAGUGGACAACUUGGUACAGGAGAAGAGGAAGAUGUAGAAGUACCUGUAUUAGUAAAAGGCAAACAACUCGAAGGAAAGACAGUGAUUCGCGUGGCAGGCGGAGGUCAGCAUACGUUAGUGUUAGCAGUGACUCCUUGAGUAGGAGAAAAUAUACACCCGUUAAUUGAAAUAAUUGUUUAAAUUUGAUGUAUCACCAUGUGAUACAAAAAAAAUUUUGCACUACAAAAUCUAUUCUAUUUGAGUUAUCUGUACGUAAAAAUGGUAAGAGAGAGAUUAUAAUGAAGAAUAUUUUUCACAAUAUAUUGUAAUUUUUGGCAUUGAUGAAACAAGAUACUUAAAUCUGUACAUAAGUUGUUAUGCCACCAAAAAUGACAUCAUUGUGUUUGUAAUGUUUAAUAUAUAAAUAAACAUUUUUCUACAUACAA